UUGGCUUCACCGAAGACGCAUCAAUUUUGAAGUCAUAUAGGAGAUAUAGACAAGUCUAAACCCUAUGACAAGUCUUUUAGGGAAAUAUGCAUUUCGAGUGGCAGAGUUGGAGGAAUGAAAUGACGAGACAAAUGUGAUCCAAAGACUGCUUAGUCGUGUUUUAAGACGUUUAUUUAUAAGAUGUAUAAAGAGACAAAUUUAUAAUACCGAGCAUAGGGAAAUACAGAGAAAGCAAUCAGCAGAGGAACAUGUCUCUAAAUAUUUAAGGGAAUAUACACAUCUUUUUCUAAAUAUUUAUUUUUAGUCUGUGGCGAAUAGGCAUGAUGAGUGCAUUGUCACAGUCAACGCAAGUCCAGACCAACCUGACCAUCCCUCCUGGGCAUUUACUCAGUUCAAGUGCUUGGCAAGGAACACAGCUGGUAACACUCAUCUCAAAGGAAACAAAAGUUUUAUAUUCUGAUGGCUUGGGUGUGGUUGACUUCCAUCCUUCUGCAGACGCUGCCAUCAUUUUUGUCAGUGAAGCAGACUUGUUGAGUGGUGGGAGCUUCAAGAGGCGUAUUGUCAAGUUCCGUCAAGCAAACACCAGCUUAAGAGGGAUUGUCGUUGCUCAGAAAACACCCCAUACACAGGAACCAUUCUCAGACUUGCAGAAGUUUGUCUGCAUGGAACUUGAUCUUGCUAUUGUGCCAGUCAAAACAAUAUCUGAGGCUGCUCAACUUCUUGCACAGAUGGUUAGAUGCGAAGCUAAAGUAAACAUCAACCCAUUCUGUAUGAAACCAAAAACGGUGAACAGUGCAGAUGCUGGGAUAUUGGCAACUGCUACAGCUGUCCCUGGCUUAGGUGAAAAGCGUGCACGGCAACUGCUUGAACACUUUGGAUCUCUUCAUAAGAUUGCAAAUGCAACGCAGGAAAACCUAGCUAGUGUUGUGGGAAAUUCUACAGCUUCUAGUGUGUAUGAUUUCUUUCAUGGAAUUCAUUUAUGAUACCAUGAUAUUGUAUAAAUGUUUAUUUUAGUUUAUACAUCUGUUCAUUUUACUUUAUAUAUAUUUUUUGAUGUUAUGGUGAUGACCACACUUUUAGAAAAGAAAGGCAAGUUGAGGUAUAUUUUUCCAAGCUCUGUUUCAUAUUGUUAAAAAUCAGUUUCAGAAUGAUGCAUGAUUUGAUUUUUAUGAAUAAUUAUAUACAUAUGAAAAAUGUGGAUGUGAAUAAUACAAGUUACCAUUCAUGCA